AUGGCCGACGUCGAGGAGACUAAUCGACUGCUCGACGAGAAGUACGAACAUGACAAGCAGCGCGUCGCCGAGAUGCUGAGGAAGCGCACCAACGGAUGCCAGCACAAGAUCAAGAAAAUGCGCUGGCUGAUCUGCUCGACUCAGACGUACGGCCUCUUCGACGGAGCCACGUGCUACCCAGCCGAAUUGGGAAUCUGCGAGUUUGACUUCAACGAGGGCAUCCUGGAGACGUUCUCGACCCCCGUCGGCCCGUGGAACAUCGACAAUGAGGUGCAGCGGACCCGCGCCCUCUACCACGCCAGCGAGACGCACCAGAUGCCGCUGGGCCGCCGUGGACGUCUCGAGAAGCCGGCCGUCUGCAUGGAGAUCCUUGGGCGGACCGAGCCCCGGCUGGCCGCUGCUCACGGGGUGCGCGUCGGGCUGUACCGCGAUGAGAUUGACGACCACUCUCGCGGGUUCCCGAAGGCCGACGACGAUUUCAUCCUGGCCGAAGCGCUGGUCGACGCCGUGGCCGAGUUUUUUGAUGGAGAGCCGCUGCGCGAGUAUCCGGCUUUUUUGAAGGGACUUGGCUCGAGGCUGCCGCGUGAGUCGGUGACGCCGUGGGAAAAGCGUGACGGUGCCCUGUUCUGCCCCCUGCAUCGCCCGGACCGGAACAGCUGCUGCGCUGCGGUGACGGUCAGCCGUGCGGCCUACAUCUUGCUGUACGCGCUCGACCAUAUGCUCGAU